UAUGUCUAAAUUAUAUGAUACAAAUAGAAAAUUCAAUAAUACAAAAUAAAGAUGGGUAUAAUUAUUAUAAUAUAAUUUUCUACAGGAAACAUUAACAGCAAAUAUUGGAAAUAAAGAAAAUAUCUAAGUUAAUAAUAAAAUUGCAGCUACAAAAACCAUCAAAAAGUGUUCAACUACUAUUACCAUUGAGAAAAAGAAGCCAUUACCUUAAAGAACAAUAACAAAAUAUUUCAAAAUGACAAAUCUAAAAAAAUAUCCAAAUCUAUAAUUAUAUGACUCUAAGGGUAAUGCUAGAGAGUUCUUAUGUUAUGAUGACAAAGUACUCAACAUACCUCCAGCCUAUAAUUAAAUUAUUUCACAUGUAUAACCUAUAAUCAUUAUUAUAGUCUAUGGAUAAUGAUUGUCAAUCUGAUAAUGAAUAAGUUGAAUCUGCAGUCAGAUAACUUACAUACUUUCUCGAAUCUACUUUAAAUUAAUACAAAUAACACUCUUAAUGAA